AUGGCCGAUCAAAUCCUCGACCAGGUUCGCGAUAUCGCGGAGGGCCAGAUCGACUUUGAGGGCCAGAAACUAGCAGAUCUCCUUGCGACUCUACUUCUCUCGGCAUCUGGAGUUCUUGCUUUCAUCAUCGGGUAUAUUCUCCAGGACAUCAAGCUCGCAGUCUACGUUGGCUUGGGCGGAACCGUACUCACAUUUCUCUUGGUCGUGCCUCCUUGGCCCUUUUUCAAGCAACACCCAGUCAAGUGGCUAGAACCUGGAUCCGCCUCCGGGUCCGCGACACGGAACGUGGCUACAAUAGAAAAGUCGGGAUAG